AUGGCAUCGCACCAAGCCAGCGGCUCUCGUUAUGCGUCAGCCCAAGGGGCAGUCACCGCAAAAAUCCGUGGUAACUGCAAUAUUAAAUCUGGAUUGAAUCUCGCGCACACGUGUUCCGCUAAUGCGUUUCUCAACUUGAGCUUCAUCGACAUCUCUCUCAUCGCGAUCCCUCCUCUCUCCGUCUCUCGUGUCUGCACGCCUGACACCUUGCGAUGUGAGAAGAAGAUGUGCAAACAGUGCUGCAUCGCAGAAAAUGGCUGCUCUGCGCCAGGACACAACUUCACGCGUCUUUCAGACAGACAGAAAGUCAAGCUUCAAGCAAGGCCAUCAGUGCCGUCACCCUCGUUUCAUCAAACCAUACCCCAACCGCUUUCCUCUUCGACUACGCCACCCUACACUUUCGAAUUGUCGCUCGGCCCGCCGUCUUUUGAUUUCCCUACCAACCUUGGUAACACCGCGGCCGUUAACUUUCCCAAGACACAGACCCAGCAUGAGCAGGAGGAGUCCAGCCGCCCUAGCCAACUCGCUGCCGAGCACGAAGAGGAUCGCGGAUCAGGCCGCAAUCGCAGCAUCUCUUGGGUUGCUGUCCACCACGCUCAGCCCUGGACCCACCGCUUCGUCCUCCACUUGCCCUUCCACACCUAUCACCUCGACUACACCGCAGCACGUCCAGCUCGCAAUUCCCAGGCAAAUGCCUCCUGUGAAGACUGCCGUCCCAACGGCCUGGCAUCACCAACCAUAUGA